UUAGGUUUGUGAUGGAGUCGUAACUUCUAACCAAAGAUGUCUCUGUCAAGUUGAUGACAUUAUAAAAUAAAUUUUGCUACCAAUGUGUACAACACGUAUUGACGCCGACAGCAGCUAUUUACUAAGCAUUCCAUUUUGUAAUCUGUGAAGCUGAACUAACUGUACAAGGGUACUUAAGUAUUCCUUUCCAAUUUACACCAGACAGUGGAAAGUUAUUUUCAAAAAUAUGGCAAGUGAUAGACCUAGCGAUCUUUCGUUAUUUAUUCGACUCCGAAAGAAUAAACUUAAAAACAUGAUCACACUGAAUAAUAAUUUAAUGUUAAAUCAUGUGAUUCGAGCAGGGAAUCUUGAAGAAGUUAAAUUGCUUAUAGAAAGAGGUGUUGACAUUAAUAAGCCAGGACGACACUCGUGGACACCACUUCACAUGGCCGCGUGGGGUGGACAGUACCAGAUCCUUAAAAUUCUGAUUAAAAAUGGUGCUAUAGUAGAUUCGACUUUAUUUGAUGCCUCCAUAAAACCCGGAUGGACACCGCUUCAUUUGGCAGUUCGGAAAAAUCGAAUCAGAUGUGCAAAGCUUCUCCUUAGAAACGGAGCAAGUGUUGACUCAGUCGAAAAUAAUGUUUACCAUCCACUCCAAAUCGCCGUGUUAAACGGUAGCGUAAAGAUGGCGGCUCUGCUUUUAGAUCAUGGUGCAGACAUAAAUCUUAAAUUUGAUCGAAAAGAUGAAUUUUUGAAAUUACUCAAGCCUAAUACACCAUGUGCUAAUUUUUUGGCGGGGCGUAAAUUACCUCUGUUACAUUUUUCGAUUCUCCAAAAAUUAGACAAAAUGACGGAAUUGUUGUUAAAUCGUGGUGCUGAUAUCGAUUCGAAAAGUUUCACGGAAGAAACAACGCUGAUGCAAGCCGUUCGAGUUAAUGAUCUAAAAUUAGUUGAGCUGUUAUUGGCGAAAGGUGCUAAUCCUAAUGAUCGUGAUAUCUAUGGACUACCUGUAUUGUUUUGUAUAGUAUUCAAUAUUAAUUCAUUAACUUCAAGGUACAGCAAAGAAGAAUAUAAUAAAAUAGAUACAAAAUUGAAGAUAGUGCGUUCUUUAGUGAAUGCCGAAGCUAAUGUUAAUGUUACGUCUUCGGGUGAUAAUAAUAAUAAUAAUCGCUCACUUGUUUUUUAUGCAGCCGAGCGUGGAUACCAUUCAAUAGUAAACUUUUUGUUGUAUGAAAGUGAUUUUGAUUCCAAUAAAAUCACCCUAGAUGCUGUUAUGAGUGUCAGACUUCAAUUUAAUUUAAUUACACCAGAUAUUAUACACGAUCGUCAUUAUCUAAAUGAUCUAAAUGUUGCCAUUCGUAACUCAGUUUGUCGAAUAGUGGAAUACGCAAUCAGUAGACACUUAUUCAGAUUAUCGGUUUGCCCAAGAUUGUUACAUGGAUUAUUACACGAUAUAUCAGUUAAUUUUUAUAUUAGUAGGCAAGCACAAUCGAUGUUAGUUAAAAUUAUGUUAAAUAAAUACCAAAAGAUGAUUAAUCAUAUGAAACAAACAAAGAUUGGGGACACCAAUAUCACUUAUUGGUAUCUAUCAACGUGUGAUAAAAACGAGUUGAUUAAAUUGACAGCCCAUAAAGAAAUAAUGAACUUAUAUGUACCUUAUUGUAUUUCUAAAUACUAUCCAUAUAGUUACAUGUUGAAAAAACGUGUUAAUACUUUUUAUAUAAGAAGAAUAUGGGUCGAAAAAUUAACAGAAAUUCUAUUUAAUUUCUACAAAAAUUAUUUACCGUAUGAUUGUUGUGAAAGAAUAGCUGAUUUCUUUAACUAUAAACAAUUAAAAGCGAUUUUUAAUUUUGAUGACUAAAAUACAUAGUGAAAUAUUUUCUUAGUUUGAUUUUAUUUUAUAGAUUCAAUUUUAUAAAGCUGGAAUGCAUAGAUAACAUAUAUCUAGAAAUUAUAAAUUUUUUAACGGUAAAAAGUAAACAAUUAUGUACAAUAUCUUUUUUAGUAUUUUUAUUUUUAAUACUAAUGCAUCGAUAAACUUACUUCUGAAGGAAAAAGAGACGACCUCAAUAAAAUUUUGUAAAUACACAUGCAUACAUAGUGACAUCCUGGUAGAAA